AUGAACGUGGGCGUUCUCUCAAGUGAGGAGGUACUUCAAAGAUCAAAGUACAAAGUCCAAACCCUUCAAAAACAGAGGUGGCAUGACUUCAACAACCGCAAUACGGUACCGAGCAAGCAUCGUUUGAGUUUCCGAAGGUAAAAAAGUCUGCGUGCCCACAACAGAGACGAUCUUUUGGACCCAGAUUCUCUCUCUCUUCUUCGGAUUUGGAUCUCUCAAUCCAUGGAUGAACACCCGUCUAUGAGUGAGGAUGGGGAUAUGAUAGAGAGUUCUAAUGGAAAAGAGUUGCUUACGACUGAUGGAAGUUCUGAUAUUGAACCAUAUGUGGGUAUGGAAUUCGAAUCUGAAGAAGCAGCUAAGGUGUUUUAUGAUGCAUAUGCCACGCGAUUGGGAUUCAUCAUGCGUGUUGACGCAUUUCGCCGAUCAAUGCGUGAUGGAAAGGUUGUUUGGCGUCGACUUGUGUGUAAUAAAGAGGGUUUCCGUAAGUUGAGGCCUAAAAGAAGUGAAAAUAGAAAGCCUCGGGCAAUCACAAGGGAAGGGUGUAAGGCAAUGAUAGUGGUGAAGAAAGAGAAAACUGGAAAAUGGCUUGUAACGAGAUUUGUAAAGGAGCAUAAUCAUCCACUGGUAGCUACACCUGCUAAUGGGAGAAGAAGUGUGCUUCUAUCUCAAACACCAGAUGAGAAAGAUGUAAAGAUUCGAGAAUUGACUGCUGAGUUACAGCGUGAGCGAAAGCGAUCUGCUGCUUUUCAGGAACAGCUUGAUAUGGUUCUAAGAGAUAUGGAGGACCAUUCCCAUCACCUAUCAAGAAACAUUGAUGACAUAGUUCAAAGUGUGAGGGAAAUUGAAUCAAAGAGGUUAGGAACUUUGACGUAGCUAGUGGCUGCAGAAGAUUGUCCAGUUUGAUUUGUCUUUGUACAAUUUGUUUGAACGUCAAUGUUUAUUUUCAGAUAUAACUUGUAGUUGUAGGUUUUUCUUUUUGGCCUGGCGAUGGAGGUUGAGCUGGAUUAUCUUGUAUUUGCAUGGAUUAGAUGUUUAAAAUUAGUUAGGUGUUUUGAACAUAUUUAACUGAUGAGUUUGUGUAGGGUUGUUUUUA